AUGCGAACAGGUCAAGGUGGAGUGCACAUUGUUGGCGGUGUUGGUGGUGGUGUUGGGGGUGGUGGUGGUGGUGGUGGUGGUGGUGGUGGUGGUGGUGGUGGUGGUGGUGGUUGUAGUGGUGGUGGUGGUGGUGGUGGUGGUGGUGGUGGUGGUUUACGGGACGCUAGAAAUGACGUCCCCAGUGGUGCGUCAGAGGCGGUAAAUGUCGUCGCGCGUGUUGUGGCAAACGUCGGGACGUCAGAAGUGUGACCGCCGAUGGUGGUGGUGAUUGAUGUCGUGGGCGCGGUGGAAGUUGGUGCAGCGGCGUUUGCGGAGGCAGCAGAUAGAACUUCCGCGUUGUUAUUGUAUUGGGCCCGGAGAUGUCUGAUAUGGCCGAUUCGUGCGCGGUACUCGUUGACAGAGUGGGCAUGUUGGAAAGGAUUGGGUGUUGGACUUGUGGGCCGGAGGGACUCGAGAUCUGCGAGUCACACUUAUGUCUUUGGCAGCGGCGAUCCGGUUGGUUUCGCAAAUUGCUGCUCCCGUCAUCACAGCUUUUUACUAGGUCGGUUGAUUCUGGCCGAGGUCCUCCCAGACCACUGAGUUAAUUUGUAGGUGUUUGAGAGAGCUCUUCAAGGUGUCCUUGGAAUGUAUUUCUCCUUCAUGUCGACUAGUACCCAAACAACAUCGCCCUAAAAAUUGCCUGAGUAGGAGCUCGUCAUUCAUUCUCACGACGUAGUCGCUCCAGCGCAGUUUAAUCUGUCUCGGCAGGGUGUGAACGCUGAGGACUCCCGUUCUUUCAAGGACUUCUGUGUCUGAAAGCUUGUCUCACCAUCUCAGCUUCAGUGUUCUUCGCAGGCUGCUGAGGAGGAUGUUGCUGAGUAUCUACUUUUGUUUCUCGUAGACUUUCCGGGUCUCCGUCCCAUGCAGCAAGGUUGCGAAGACGAUAGCCGUGUGCAUCUCCAGUUUGCCAUUGAGAUGGAAGUCAUGACGAUUCCUCACGGGGGCUUGCAAGCGGCCAAAGGCUUGGUUGGCUUUAGAGAUCCGAUGAGCAACUUCAUAAUCGAUUUCGGUACUGCCUGA